GCUGGACCGUCAAUCGGUCGGCUUAGUGUUCGACCAGUGCACGUCGUCCGGUUCGGUUCACUGUCGGUGGGCAUACGGAGGAAAGACUCUCCGCGCGACUCUGGGCAGUAGUCAGUGACGGUUGACAGUGAGACUUUGUGAAAAUGGAGGAUCGCUUAGCGAAGGAUGAACUCUCUGUAUUUUUGGAGUCUGGAAUUCAUCGAUUCGGGGAUUCUAAAUUCAUUUUCGUAGACCCAGUUCGUGUUUUGAAUCGUUCGUACUCACGGUUUAGGGUUUCUCCUGCUGGUUACUACUCACGAUUCUUCGAUUACGAAAGUAAGGGAUUAGAGAACAAGGAUUGUUUAUCGCAUGCAAAGAAGAGAAAGAGGAAGGAAAAGAAACUCCGCUGUUUAAAUGAGAAAGAACGUGCUGCCGAUCAACGCCACCAGGUGGCAAAGCCAUUGUUACUGAAGGCACACGAGUCGUUAUUGCAAGCUACUGAUCUGUUGAGGGAAAUGAGCAGUUUAAACCGUGAAGUUGGUUCUUCGGCGGAAAGCGAAGGGUUAGAAUUUUCCAGUGAUCAACUAUCAUUGAUUGAACACGGACAGAUUUGGCAAGCGCCUUUAUAUGAGAUAACUCUUAAAGUCCCCGAGUCCAAUCAGUCGAGUGAAGUUGGAGGAUCCUCUUUCAAGCACAGAGUAGUUCCUUUAUUCAAUAACCUGGUUGUCAAUGAGACAUCUGAUGAGGUGGAAGCUGAAUUUCUCGAUCAUCAAUAUAUAUUGCCUCGUGAAAGUUGUUUCUACAUGUCUGAUUUGAGGCAGGUUCACAACCUUAUUCCUGCUAAAGCUAUCUCUGGCUUCAGUCUUAUUGUGAUCGAUCCACCAUGGGAAAAUGGAAGUGCUCAACAAAAAUCGAAGUAUCCUACAUUGCCAAACCGAUAUUUCUUAUCUCUGCCUAUUAAGAAACUGUCUCAUAGCAAAGGAGCACUGGUCGCCUUGUGGGUGACAAACAGAGAAAAGUUCCAUCGUUUUAUUGAUCUGGAAUUGUUUCCUGCAUGGGGAGUCGUACAUAUUUCCACUUAUUACUGGUUGAAGGUCAAAGCAGAUGCUUCGUUGAUAAGUGAUCUAGAUCUCUUCCAUCACAGGCCGUAUGAAUGCCUUCUCUUGGGCUGUUGUUAUGGUGAGGAUUUUGAAGACCUGAAAAGUUUGAAGCAAACCUUACCUAAAGAUCAGGUCAUCAUUAGCAUUCCUGGUGAUUACUCGAGGAAGCCACCAAUUGCAGAGCUUCUGCAGGAGUAUGUUCCGGGGCCAAAGCCUGGUCGCUGCAUCGAACUUUUUGCUCGAGAGAUGAAUCCUGGAUGCCUUUCUUGGGGUAACGAACCCCUUCACUUCCAGGAAUCACAAUACUUCACAAGGAUAUAGCCAUGCUAUGCUUGCCAUGUGAGCUCUGCAACUCUCCUUCCUGCUGAGAUCUUUUUGAUUAAUGUAUCAUUUUCAAAAGUCAAAAGGGGCGGCUACAUGCUUUGAUCCUUUGCCAGAUUAUUAUUGAUUGCUAUGAGCCUGAACGAAUUUACGUGCUCCCCAUAGAGAGACCAGCAUUAUUCGCCUCUCACUUCCCUCUUAACUUGUGGACAGCGCAUUGCAGUGAAGUUUCUAUUUUAUUCAUGGGUGAACACAUUUAUUGUAACACUAUAAUCUUGAGUAUUCAAUUACAAUCAGGUUAUGUUCGGAUUGACA